AUGUCUUCCUUACAGUGCAUCAAAUCUCUCAAACAUACUACCAACUGGUCAGCUAGAGUUGUGUGGCAUGGCACUUACAAUGAAGUGGCACUGGAAAAUUAUUAUGCGAGUCAUAAAAUUACUGUGGGGUUGACUGUGUUUGCUGUGGGAAGAUACACUGACCGUUAUUUGUACACAUUUAUAUCAUCAGCUGAUAAAUAUUUUAUGGCUGGCCAGAAAGUCAUAAUUUACGUCCUGAUAGAUGACUUCUCCAAGUUGCCUUGGAUAGAGCUGAGUCCCCUCCGUACAGUGAAAGUUUUUGAAAUAAAGCGAGAGAAGAGAUGGCAAGCUAUCAGUAGGAUGUGCAUGAAGACCAUCAGUGAACAUGUUGUGGAUCACAUCCAAUAUGAAGUUGAUUUCCUCUUCUGCAUGGAUGUGGAUCAAAUCGUCAUAAGAAAAUAUGGACUGGAAACUCUGGGGGAGUCAGUAGCUCAGUUACAUGCUCAUUGGUAUAAGACAAGUCCUACAGAGUUACCUUAUGAGAGAAGUCAGUUAUCAGAAGCAUAUAUACCUAUUGGUAAGGGAGAUUUUUAUUACCAUGCUUCUGUAUUUGGUGGUACUCCCAUUCAGGUUCUCAAUAUUGCCAGGGAAUGCUUCAAAGGAAUCUUGAACGACAAGAAAAAUAGCAUUGAAGCAGUGUGGCAUGAUGAAAGUCACUUAAACAAGUACUUCUUUCUCCAUAAACCCACUAAAGUCUUGUCACCAGAAUACUGCUGGAAUAUGUUUGGAAUUAAUAGUGAGAUUAACACUGUCAAACUCUGUUGGGCUGUUAAAAAUUAUGACUAUCUUAGACAAACUGUAAUUUUUUAG